AUGUCCGUACAACCAAAAGUCAAAUUCACUGAACAUGUAUUCACCACUAGUAAGCUCGUCAAGAAGCAGCAGCUACAUCCAUGUUCAACAACUCGCCAGAGACUUGUUAGAAUCAUCCAUACCGACCCUUAUGCCACUGAUUCCUCCAGCGAUGAAGAAGAAGGACGAGAGAGGAAGUUUAUCCAGAGAGUGAAGAGACAAGUGACUGAAAUAAGCUUGUCAGAGCAAGAAACAAUAGCACCAGCAGCUCCUUCUUCCAGAACUUCGAAUGAUGAUCAACAAGAACGAAGAAGAAAAAGACCUUCCUCAAGAUUACCUGUAUCUGACGUCACUCGCCGGAAAAAGUUCAAGGGUGUCCGUCAGAGACCCUGGGGAAAGUGGGCUGCCGAGAUCCGUGACCCGACCCGACGGAAACGGGUCUGGCUUGGCACUUUUAACACUGCAGAGGAAGCUGCCACCGUCUAUGAUCGAGCUGCAGUGAAACUUAGAGGGCCUGACGCCGUUACCAAUUUUCCUGCUAACUCCGUUAUAACGGAGACAGCUAACGUUAACGGUCCAAGCUACGUCCAGUGCGAGUCCUGUGACUCGCCGUCCAGCAGUGGUCUUGACGCUAUCUCAUCACCCACGUCAGUCCUCCGUUAUGAAGAGGUGAAACCUUUUGACCCUGUUUCGACGGAGAAGGCUCCCAAGGUUGUUGACGGUAAGCCAGAGCCAUGCGAGUCGCCGUUAAGCGGUGUUAAAGUUAUGUCAUCACCGACGUCUGUUCUCCAUUACGAAGAGUUAACGCCGUUUGAUAGUUUUGGUUACGGUGACGUUGACGCUUUUGGGUUCGAAAUUGACGUGCCGUUAAAUCUGCCGGAUUUUAUGUUGUCGGGGAAAUUCUUUGACGAGGAAGAAUUCGUUGACCUCGAUGAUUUCUUGGUGGAUGGCAUUUGUUAA